AUGGGGGACAGCAUGGCGGAGGGGACCCGGGUCAUCUACCACCUGGAGGACCAGGAGACCCCCUACCUGAUCCGGAUCAACGUGCCCCCGCAGCGCGUCACCCUGGCGGACUUCAAACAGGUGCUGAACAAACCCAACGUCAAAUUCUUCUUCAAGUCCGUGGACGACGACUUCGGGGUUGUGAAAGAGGAGAUCAGUGAUGACGAUGCCAGGCUGCCCUUUGUGAAUGGACGAGUCGUCUGCUGGGUGGUGUCCUCAGACACCUGUCAGUCAGAUUUCAGGGGGUCAGACAUUCAGUCAGUGUCCACGCCCACCAGCCUGGCCCCGCCCCCCACAGAAAGGACAGGUGGGAUCGGAGACUCCAGACCUCCGUCCUUCCACGCUGCAGCUGUCAGCGGCCACGAUGCACUCCAGGGGUCAGAGGUCAAACCUGCCGCUUCGCCUUCAGAGAGGAGAGAGAGAGACGCGAGUGGGCAUCUGAACGGCCACGCCCACGCCCACCGACCGGCUGAGCAGAAUGGGGCGGGGCCAACAGGGGCAGGUGACAGCUUGUCGAACCAACAGAGCAGCGAGUUAGAGACGACCAGUUUCUGCUCAUCUGAGGAAGACUCAGGAGGAAGGUUCAGCCAAUCAACAGAGCAGAGCAGCUCCACGCCGCGACUCGUCAGGCGACAGCGCCGCCGCCACCGAAAACCCAAAAACCCGCGGAUGGAGAGGUCUGUGUCUUUCAGCAGUGUCACUGACUCCACCAUGUCGCUCAACAUCAUCACUGUCACUCUGAACAUGGAGAGGUAUAACUUCCUGGGGAUCAGUAUUGUUGGUCAGAGUAACGACAGAGGCGAUGGAGGCAUUUACAUCGGCUCCAUCAUGAAGGGAGGAGCGGUGGCAGCAGAUGGACGCAUCGAGCCGGGAGACAUGUUACUGCAGGUGAAUGACAUCAACUUUGAAAACAUGAGUAAUGACGACGCUGUCCGAGUCCUGAGGGAGAUCGUCCACAAACCAGGUCCGGUGACAUUAACUGUGGCAAAGUGUUGGGAUCCAAACCCAAGAGGCUGCUUCAUGUUGCCCAGAAGUGAACCGGUCCGUCCCAUCGACCCUGCUGCCUGGGUGUCUCACACCGCCGCCAUGACAGGGAGGCUCCUCCCACACUACGGUGUCCAUGAAGAAAACCAUCUCACUAUCCACAGCGACGUCACAGCUGUUGUCAAGGCGAUGGCCAAUCCGGAGUCAGGCCUGGAGGUUCGGGACAGGAUGUGGCUGAAGAUCACCAUCCCCAAUGCCUUCAUCGGUUCAGACGUGGUGGACUGGCUCCACCGUAACGUGGAAGGCUUCACAGACCGCCGUGAAGCCCGGAAGUAUGCAGGAAACCUGCUGAAGGCCGGAUACAUCCGACACACCGUCAACAAGGUCACCUUCUCUGAGCAGUGCUACUAUGUGUUCGGCGACCUCUGUGGAGAUCUGGGUAUGAUGUCCCUGCUGGACCACGAAGGGGCCUCCAGCCGAGGAGGAGGAUCAGACUGUGACCCGCUGGCUGCAGCUUCAAGCCCCCAGUGGGCUCCAGCCUUCCCCUACCAGUACCCCGUGCCUCACCCCUACAGCUCUUCUCACCCCCUUCAGCAGCUGCCGGCCUGGACAGGGGGAGGAGGAGGAAGUCAGCACAGUGAAGGAAGUCGCAGCAGCGGAUCAAAUUGUAGUGAUGGUCAGAAGGAGGGAGGACAAGGAGGCAGCCAGUCAGAGCCCACCAAACACCUAGCGAUGGAGUUCCCUGGCGAUGACGGCACCCGGCGACCCCCGAACUCCAUCUCUGGUCUCCACAGUAAUAAAGACUUAAAGGACCCCCCAUCGACUCUCUCGCCGUCUCCGGGUCAGCAUCAAGACCUUUCCUCAGUCCCACCGGAAAUAUCCGCCUCCAGACAGUCCUUCCACCUGGCCAUGGGAAACCCCAGUGAUUUCUUUGUGGAUGUCAUGUGACCUCCGGUGUGGUGAGGAUGUUAUACCAGGUGAUGUCAGGGUGGGACCU